AUUUUAAAGUUUACGCGUGUUAUGAAUGGUUGUGUUUUAGUUACAAAAAGUAUAUAUAAAAUACAAUUAGAUUAUUAUAUUUAACUUUAAAGUAAAAUGCAAUAACCUUUUCAAAAAAAAAUAACUUAAAAAUUAUAAUAACUUUCAAACUAUGUCGGCAAACGUGCUCGUUAUCGGUGGUGGAGGCAGGGAACAUGCAAUUUGUUGGAAAUUAGCAGAUUCUCCAUUAAUUUGUAAAAUAUUCUGUGCGCCCGGUAGUGUCGGUAUAUCGGCGACGAAGGAAAAUGUUGAAUGUGUGGAUUUGAAUAUUAAAGAUUUUCCGGGUCUGGUUAAGUGGUGCAAAGACAAGUCAAUUGAUCUCGUCAUCAUUGGACCCGAAGAUCCUCUUGCUAAUGGCAUUGUGGAUGCCCUCGAACCAGCUGGCAUCAAAUGCUUCGGACCCACAAAAGCCGGUGCACAGAUCGAGGCCAAUAAAGACUGGUCCAAGAAAUUUAUGAACAAAUAUCAAAUACCAACGGCAAGAUACCAAUCAUUCACAGAUGCUGAAGCUGCUAAGCAAUUCAUUAAGAGUGCACCAUUUAGAGCGUUAGUCGUGAAGGCAUCCGGUUUAGCGGCUGGGAAAGGAGUUGUGGUAGCGAGCAAUGAAGAUGAGGCCUGUGCAGCGGUGGAUGAGAUCUUAACCGAAGCCAAGUACGGAACUGCCGGGCAGGUGGUCGUUGUUGAAGAACUGUUGGAAGGGGAAGAGGUUUCGGUGCUGGCAUUCACGGAUGGGAACACGGUGUCCAUGAUGCCCCCCGCCCAGGAUCACAAGCGCAUCGGCGAGGGGGACACGGGACCCAACACGGGGGGUAUGGGGGCAUAUUGUCCCUGUCCGCUUAUCACCCCAGAACAGCUGGCCGAUGUCAAGGAUCAAGUGUUACAGAGAGCUGUGGACGGGCUCAGGGCUGAGGGCAUCAAAUAUGUCGGGGUCCUCUACGCUGGUCUUAUGGUGACCAAGUCUGGUCCAAUGACCCUCGAGUUUAACUGCCGCUUCGGAGACCCAGAGACACAGGUCCUCAUGAUGUUGCUGGAAUCGGAUCUCUACUCCGUCAUUAAGGCGUGUGUGAGCGGUACAUUAAAGGAGACUCCGGUCAAAUGGAACACCUCAAUGUCGGCCGUGGGAGUGGUGAUCGCUUCCAAAGGUUACCCUGAGAGCUCCACCAAGGGCUGUGUCAUAAGCGGUCUAUCCCAGGUGUCCAGGGAAGACGUGGUCGUGUUCAUGAGCGGAGUGUCCCGUGGAGCAAACGACUCGCUGGUCACUGCCGGCGGCAGAGUGCUGCUGCUGGCGGCGAGGAGAGCCGACCUCCGGACUGCCGCCGCCGCUGCGACACGAGCCGCCGCCGCCGUGGACUUCCCCGGGAAACAGUACAGGAAGGACAUCGCCAGGCGGGCCUUCUGCAAAAUGAACGGCCUGUCAUACCUGGAGAGCGGUGUGGACAUUGAAGCGGCGGCGGCCUUGGUCCGUCUGAUGGAGCCCCUGGCCACGGGGACCCACAGACCCGGGGUACUUGGAAGGCUGGGCUGCUACAGCGGACUGUUCCAACUGGCGGCCGUGGACCCCGGCCUCACAGACCCCGUGCUGGUCCAGGGAACGGACGGCGUUGGAACCAAGGUCAAGAUAGCAGAGAUGAUGCAGAAGUACGACACCAUCGGCCAGGACCUGGUGGCCAUGUGCGUCAACGACAUCCUGUGUGCGGGCGCCGAGCCCUUCGCCUUCCUGGACUACCUGGCGUGCGGCCGGCUGCAGCUGCACACCUCCACCACCAUCGUCAAGGGAAUCGCCGACGCCUGCGUCAUGGCCGGCUGUGCUUUGUUGGGGGGAGAGACGGCGGAGAUGCCGAGUAUGUAUGACGUGGGGAAGUACGAUUUGGCGGGGUUCGCGGUGGGCGUGGUGGACAACCUCAAGCAGCUGCCCCGCUACAAGGAGAUACGACCCGGGGACGUGGUGCUCGCGCUGCCCUCCACCGGCGUGCACAGCAACGGGUACAGCCUCGUGCAGAGGAUCAUGGCCGAAAGUGGACAUAGUUUCUACGAAAAGGCUCCGUUCAGUAAAUCCAACAAGAACUUCGGCGAGGAGUUCCUGGAGCCGACCGGUAUCUACGUGAAGGCCCUCCUGCCGGCCAUCAAGAAGGGCCUCGUGAAGGGCCUGGCACACAUCACCGGGGGAGGCCUCCUGGAGAACAUCCCCAGGAUACUACCGCCCGGCGUCAGGGUCAGGCUCGACGCCACUAAGUUCCAGAUAAACCCUAUCUUCGGCUGGCUGCAAGCUAAAGGGAUGGUGUCGGACUUCGAGAUGCUGCGCACGUUCAACUGCGGUGUCGGCAUGGUGGUGGUGGCGGACCCCGUGCUGGUGAGCGAGCUGGUCGCCGCCGUGGACGGCACCAUCAGUGUGGUCGGGCAGCUGGAGGACAUGAGAACGGAAGGAGGUCAGCAGGUCAUAGUGGAGAACUUCCAGCAGGCCAUGUCUCCUCUGACGUCACCCUACUCGUCCGCCAGUCCGUGUCAGAAGUCACUCUCCUACAAGGACAGCGGGGUCGACAUCGAGGCCGGGGACUCGCUGGUGUCACUCAUAAAGCCUUUGGCUAGAUCCACGUCUCGAUCCGGGGUCCUGGGAGGUCUUGGAGGCUUCGGCGGGUGUUUCCAGCUGAAGGCUGUGGAGCAGGAGUAUAAGGACCCGGUGCUGGUGGUGGCGGCGGACGGUGUGGGCACCAAGCUGCGCGUGGCUCAGAAGAUGAACCGACACGCCACCAUCGGCGUUGACCUGGUGGCCAUGUGCGUCAACGACAUCCUGUGCAACGGCGCCGCGCCGCUCACCUUCCUGGACUACUUCGCCUGCGGAGCCCUGGACGUGACCGUGGCCAGGGACGUCGUGGCCGGGGUCGCGGACGGCUGCAAGCAGUCCUCAGCGGCUCUCAUCGGCGGAGAGACGGCGGAGAUGCCCGGCAUGUACGAGGCCGGCGUGUACGACAUCGCAGGGUUCGCGCUGGGAGUGGUGGAGAGGGACAACAUACUGCCGAAGAUCAACGACAUCAAUGUUGGCGACACGAUAAUAGGUCUGCCAUCGAACGGCGUCCACAGCAAUGGGUUCAGUCUCAUCCACAGCCUCAUGAAGAAGGCCGGUCUGAGUCUCAACGACAAGGCGCCCUUCAGCGAGGAAGGACUCACUCUCGGCCAGGAGCUGAUCAAGCCGACCCGCAUCUACGUCCGCAGCGUGCUGCCGGCGCUGCAACGCGGCGUGGUGAAGGCGGUGGCGCACAUCACGGGCGGCGGGCUCAUGGAGAACAUCCCGCGCAUCAUGCCGGACUCCGUGCGGGCCCGCCUCAACGCGCACUGGUGGAAAGUACACCCUGUGUUCGCGUGGAUCGCGGAGACCGGCGAGGUCAAGAACGACGAGAUGCUGAGGACAUUCAACUGCGGCAUCGGCUUGGUGCUGAUAGUGUCUCCGGAACACCAGGCAGAGGUGAUGAACAUAACUCGCUCGCACGGCGCGAUGGUGAUCGGCUCCAUACAAGCCCGGCCCCCGGGCGGCGCUCGCGUGCUCGUCGACAACUUCACCUCCGCGCUGGACUUCACGAGGCGGAUGCCGCACCUCACUAAGAAGAGGGUGGCGGUGCUGGUGUCGGGUAGCGGCAGCAACCUGCAGGCGCUCAUGGACAGUGCGUCGGACCCCGCCCAGUGCAUGUGUGCGGAGGUGGCGCUCGUCGUCAGCAACAAACCCGACGCCUUCGCCCUCAAACGGGCCCGGGACGCCGGCGUCAACACGCUGGUGCUGAGUCACAAGGACUACUCCAGCCGCGAGGAGUACGACCGCGCCCUCAGCGCCGCCCUGGACGCGCACCGGAUCGACCUCGUGUGUCUGGCCGGCUUCAUGAGGAUACUCACGCCGGGCUUCGUUAAGAAGUGGAAGGGUCGCCUCAUCAACAUCCACCCGUCCCUGCUGCCGGCCCACCCUGGACUCCACGCUCAGAGACAGUGUCUACAGGCGGGAGACAAGGAGUCGGGCUGCACCGUACACUUCGUCGACGAGGGCAUGGACACGGGUCCGAUCAUUCUCCAGGAGCGCGUGCCGGUGAUGCCGGGAGACACAGAGCAGGUUCUCAGUGACAGGAUCCUGUCCGCGGAACACCGCGCCUACCCUCAGGCGCUCAGACUGCUCGCUACGGGCCGGGUCCGGCUGCAUGAAGACACUAUCAUAUGGCAUUCAUGAACACCCCACACUCCGUACAGCCAAGGGAUGUAACAUCAAGAAUAUUGCAUUUAUGCCGCACUCAACAACACAUCCGUCUUCCACGAGGUGCCUUAUUUGUGUUAUAUAAAUCUUUAGCUCGAAUAAAAUAUAUAAAUGUUGUAUACAUUAUCAUAAUAAGAGUUUUUCAUGUUGAAAUAAUUUUUUUACAUAUAAUAUGAUAUUAUAUAGAUAUUUCCGCACGUCAUAGAUAUAAGAUUAUGUUAAAUAAAAUAUAUGAAUUCUUA